AACGUGAACGUUCCCCCCUCCCCUUUGCUCAAUUAGUAAACUCGAGAGCGAUUGGACGGCGGCCGAACCGGCUCACCGACUUUUAAUACCACGUUGAAGUGACAUGCACCCGGCGAAUAUGGGGUCGCUCGUACAGACACUCGUCUAAAUCGCAUCAUGGCACCCAAGACGAGCGGUAAGGCGGCGAAAAAGUCCGGCAAGGCGCAGAAGAAUAUUUCGAAGACAGACAAAAAAAAGAAGAAGCAUAAGAGGAAGGAGAGUUACGCCAUCUACAUCUACAAAGUGCUCAAGCAGGUGCACCCGGACACCGGUAUCUCGUCGAAGGCCAUGUCCAUCAUGAACUCUUUCGUGAACGACAUCUUCGAACGUAUCGCGGCCGAGGCGUCCCGUCUUGCGCACUACAACAAGCGUUCCACGAUCACAUCCCGGGAGGUGCAGACGAGCGUGAGGCUCCUGCUGCCCGGUGAGCUGGCCAAGCACGCGGUCAGCGAGGUGACCAAGUACACGAGCUCGAAGUGA